AGCGGCCCAAAAUGCAAUCAUUGCCUCGCAGCAAUUCGUCAACGAAGCAACCAAACAAACACAACCAAGGAUUAUUCACCAGCAGAGGAUUACGUACAGUCAGCCAAUCAUGUUCGUCCAACAAGUGCUAGUCAGCUGCCUGAUCCUGGUGGCUCUGACCCAGGCUCGUCCCCAGUACGGCUACGAGCAGCCCAGUUCGGACAUCUUCAUCGGCGGCGGAUCCUCGCCAGCCGGCAGCAGCAGCAGCAUCGGUGGUGGCGGCAUCGGUAACGGCCUGGUCAGCAUCCAGCCACAUCGCGGUGGCGACAAGUACCUGCCCCCGGCCAGCACCACCCAGGCUCCGAUUAUCAAUAAGAAAUUCUAUCUGGUGUCGGCCCCCGAGGAUCACAGCAACGAUGGCAAGGUGAAGCAUCUGGUGCUGGGACGUCCGCAGAAGAACUACCGGGUGGUGUUCAUCAAGGCGCCGGCCGGCGACAAUGCCAAUGUGAAGUACUCGGCCGAAUUUGCGCCGCAGGAGGAGAAGACCGUCAUCUAUGUGCUGAGCAAGAAGGAUAACGAUGUGGAUGCCAGCGAUAUUGCCACUCCGGCGCCCACGCAGCCCAGCAAGCCGGAGGUCUUCUUCAUCAAGUACAAGACCGACGACGAGGCCAAGCAGGCGCAGCAGGAGAUCCAGGGCCAGUACGACAAGCUGGGCGGCACCAACGAGUACCAGGAGGACAACAAUGCCCCCAUCACCUCGGUGAUCGGCAGCCUGGAUGGCCUGAAUCCCGAUGGCAGCUACAAUUACCGCCAGAUUGCCAAUCGCCCGGCGGCAGUGCCGCCCAGUGCCCAGUAUCUGCCCAGUUUGCUGAAGCACUAGAGGAUUGGGAGCACCACUAUGUUUUCACCCUAA